AUGGGUCAUCCGGCACCCGAUGCCUCCAGUCCACCGCUUCCGAUCUUCAAGACCAUCCAACAACUACCACGUUGUGCUAUCUCACACACAUUGCAAGAGCUGAGAACUCUAGAGCGGAAGUCAUUUGCUGCCAAUGAUGUGUUUCAUUUCGAUGACAAAGUUGUCAAGCAGCGUAAUAUGGAAAUCCUUGUCGGACUUAACCACCAUUCAACAGUAUCCAGGGUUGUCGCAUAUGCUGUUUCUGUGACCUCCAAUCGUCGCCUCCUUCUCCAUAAGAUUUGCGUUUCACCAGAACGCCGCCGCCAAAGAAUCGGCUAUUUGCUAAUGGAGAUCCUCGUUGGCACUGCAAAGCGUCGGUCUUGCCGCGGCAUUGAUCUCUGGGUCGAUGAGGCUAACCAUGCCGCGCAAGGGUUGUACUUUGAACACGGCUUCAGUGUGCAAGAAAUUGUUCAAGACUACUACUCACCUGGCAGAAAUGGAGUCAAGAUGGCCCUCGAUUUGAUUGAUUGA